CCUGGAAACAUGGCGGCCAGCUUCCGCGGCCGUCCUAUCCGAAGUCUUCGGAUGCGAGGUCGAAAUGACAGCGGAGAGGAGAACGUACCGCUGGAUCUGACCAGAGAACCAUCUGAAAAUUUCCGCGAAAUCCUUCAAAAUGUGGCCAAACCACAUGGAGUCAGUAACAUGCGAAAAUUGGGCCACCUGAACAACUUCAUAAAGCUGCUAUGCAGCAUUAGCCACCGUGAGGAAAACUUCGGGUUUACAUACGAAGAAAUCAUCAUUUGUCUGCGACUAGCUCUACUGAAUGAGGCUAAGGAAGUGCGUGCUGCAGGGCUGCGGGCGCUCCGCUACCUCAUUAGAGACACCACCGUGCUGCAGAAGGUCCUCAGACUACAGGUGGACUAUUUGAUAGCAAGAUGUAUUGACAUCCAGCAGAGCAAUGAGGGGGAGAGGACUCAGGCUCUGAGAUUAGUCCGAAAGAUUAUCACUGUCAAUGCGAUGCUGUUCCCUUCCUCUGUUGCAAACUCUCUAAUCGCCGUGGGCACCGAUGGACUACAGGAGAGAGACCGCAUGGUCCGCGCGGCCAUCGCCAUCGUAUGUGAGCUAGCUCUGAAGAACCCAGAGGUAGUGGCCAAACGUGGAGGCCUCAGCACCAUCCUGAAGAGUGUGAUUGACUGUCAGCUGAGUCGCAUCAACGAAGCUCUGAUCACCACCAUCCUCCAUCUACUCAACCACCCACGCACCCGUCAGUACGUGCGUGUUGACGUCGAACUGGAGCAAAUCCUCGCGCCUUUCACAGAUUUUCACUACCGUCACAACGCAGACACGGCUGAAGGACAGCUCAAGGAGGACAGAGAGGCCCGUUUCUUGUCGAGUAGAAUGGCCAUAGUGGCAGCCUUUCGCUCCUGGUCUGGGAUUAUCAACCUAUGCAAGGCUGGAAAUUCUGGAAUCCAAUCUUUAAUUGGCUUACUUUGCAUACCAAAUAUGGAAGUUAGGAAAGGCUUGCUGGAGGUGUUAUAUGAGAUAUUCAGGCUCCCUGUGCCCAUCGUAACUCAAGACUUCACGGAAGCUCUUCUAAGUGUUGACCCCGCCAGGUUCCAGGACACCUGGAGACUCUCUGAUGGGUUUCUUGCUGCUGAGGCCAAAGUCAUCCUGCCCCAUCGAGCCCGCUCUAGGCCUGAUCUGAUGGACAACUACCUGGCAUUUGUUCUUUCUGCCUUCAUCUCCAGCGGGCUGUUAGAGGGUAUUGUUGAAGUUGUGACCAGCAGCGAUGAUCAGCUCGCUAUAAGAGCCACUAUCCUCUUGGGAGAACUUCUGCACAUGGCAAACACCAUCCUUCCCCAUUCUCACAGUCACCACCUGCACUGCCUUCCCACCCUCAUCAACUUGGCAGCCUCCUUUGAUAUCGCACAGCAGAAACGACUUCGGGCAAGCGCAGCAGUCAACAACCUGAAGUGUUUCCAUGAGAAGAAGAAGAAAGGGUUGAAACCACACAGUCUUUACCUGGACCACAUCAUCCGCAAGUCUGUGUCUUCCCAUAACCGCAGAGAGUCCCACUCUCGUGUCCACAGGGACAUCUAUGCCAUUAAGGACACAGAGGAAGCGCUGAUGAUGAACCUUAGAGACAGUCAAAUUCUCAACCACAAGCAGAACCUGGAGUGGAACUGGUUGCUCAUUGCCACCAUCCUUAAGUGGCCACAUGUAAACCUCAGGAACAACAAAGAUGAACAUAUGCACAAGUUUGUGCGAAGGCUGCUGUACUUUUAUAAGCCCAGUAGUAAAUUGUACGCAGGGCUGGCGUUGGAUCACCCAAAGGCCAGACAACUCACUGUGGUUGGCUGUCAGUUUAUCGAGUUCCUCAUGGAGUCAGACGAGGAUGGCCAGGGUUACCUGGAGGACGUGGUGAGGGACAUGGUGUCAUGGCUGUCCUCGUCCUCAGGGCUGAAGCCUGAGCGCUGUCUGCAGAGUAACGGUCUGCUCACCACACUCAGCCAACACUACUUCCUCUUCCUGGGGACACUCUCUGCACACCCGCAGGGAGUCAAACUGCUGGAGAAAUGUGGCCUGUUUCAGUGCCUGCUGAAUCUGUGCUGUGUGAAGAACCAGGAUGCUGUGCUGAAACUCGCUGUAUCCACACUGGACUACAGCAGAGACGGUCUGGCCAGAGUGAUCCUCUCCAAGAUCCUCACUGCUGCUACUGAUGCGUGCAGGUUGUAUGCCACCAAACACCUCCGUGUGCUGCUGCGUGCGAACGUGGAGUUCUUCAGCAGCUGGGGCAUGGAGCUGCUGGUCACACAGCUUCACGACCACAGCAAGGCUGUGUCCAUGGAGGCCCUGGACAUACUGGACGAGGCCUGCGAGGACAAGGCCAACCUCCACGCUCUAAUCCAGCUGAAACCAGCUCUGUCCCACCUGGGCGACAAGGGCCUCCUGCUGCUCCUCAGGUUCCUGUCCAUUCCCAAAGGUUUCUCCUACCUCAAUGAGAGAGGUUAUGUCAGCAAACAGCUGGACAAAUGGCAGAAGGAAUACAACCUUAAGUACGUGGACCUGAUAGAGGAGCAGCUCAACGAAGCACUAACAACCUACCGCAAACCUGUCGAUGGAGACAACUACGUCCGACGCAGCAACCAAAGGUUACAAAGACCAAAUGUCUAUCUCCCCGUGCACUUGUAUGGUCAGCUGGUCCACGAUAAGACGGGCUGUCAUCUAUUGGAGGCUCAGAGUGUGGUUCCUGACCUCAGCUACACGGUUCGCUCCCCGAUGCUGGACACCUGGGAGGGCAUCAAACAGCUGAAGGCUGCUCUCUGGGCUCUGGGCAACAUUGGCUCUUCAAACUGGGGACUGAAUCUCCUGCAGGAGGAGAAUGUCAUUCCUGACAUCCUCACAUUGGCUCAGCACUGCGACGUGCUGUCAGUACGAGGGACGUGUGUUUAUGUGCUGGGUGUCAUCUCCAAGACCCGGCAGGGUUGUGAGGUGCUGAAGCAGUAUGGUUGGGAUUCAGUCAGACACAGUCGCAGGACGCUGUGGCCUGUCACUCCAGAAGAGGUCGACGCACCGCUGACCUCUGAACUCUCCUCAGUACCGAGCACGCUCAGUCUGAACUCUGAAUCCACCAGCUCGCGCCACAACAGCGAGAGCGAGUCUCAACCAAACAUGUACAUACUGGACGAUGACAAGUGUGAUUUUCUGGACCAGUCAGACGAGCCCAAUUUCUAUCUCCACUCCAAACCAGUCAAGGACCGCAGCCCCUUCACCAUCCUGGCCUCCACGCGCUUUGUUCGUACUCGCUUCCUCAACUCCCUGUCCCUCCCCAGCAAGAAGCUGCGCUCCACCAGCGACCCCAAGACCCCAGCAGGCUCUCGCACACCUACUGAACUCAAGACGGGGAGUAUGAGGCGGAACAGGACAGUGACGGAGCCCUCCGUCUACAGCCCAAACCAGGGGGACGUCUUCACCCCCGUGUUUAAUGGCAGAGGAAUGCCGAAGAGUCCCACGGUCAGCCUGGAGACAUCCUUUGUUGGGAUCAGGGGGGGCUCUGAGGAGCAGCUUGUGGAGGGCAGGCUGGCCAGGGGAGGAAGCUCAGGCCUUGGACUAAGUGGUCUAGCAGGGCACGGGGCCGUGGAGCACCCCAGUGGGGAGAGGGAGCAGAGCAGCCGAGAGCGUCUGGCAGGAGAUGGGGGCUCCUCGUCUAGCGGAGGCAAUGUGGGAGGGGGCGUAGGAGGCGGCGGAGGUACUCAGUUUAAAAGCCGCAGCCAGAGCUUUAACACGGACACCACAACCAGCGGCAUCAGCUCCAUGAGCUCCAGUCCCUCCAGGGAGACGGUGGGAAACCCCGAGAAUCCAGAACCCGAACCAGACUCCUCCGACUGCGUGAGCCUCAACACAGUGGUGUCAGCCAAGACUGUCAAAACGCUCUCUUCUCUCACCCCCCAGGCUCAGACCAACCACAUGUCCACGUCUAAGUCCUCAACUGUCUCUCUGGUACCGCCUGGCUCCUCACACACUCUACCCCGACGAGCUCAGUCCCUCAAGUCUCCUUCAGUGACCACAAUCAAGAGCCUAGCGGACUGCAGCUUCAUGUACACCAGCCCACGGGACGCGCUGGGCUACGCUACGCUGAAGAGGCUGCAGCAGCAGAGGAUACACCCGUCUCUGUCUCACAGCGAAGCUUUGACUUCACCAGCCAAAGACGUGCUGUUCACCGACACCAUCACUAUGAAGACCGGCAGCCUGGACUCCAGAUUAACGCCUCGCAGGUUUCUGAAGGCUCUUAGCUUUGCCUCUCUGGAUAAAGAGGAUCUACUAAGUCCCAUCAACCAAAGCACUCUACACCGCUGCUCCUCAGUGCGCUCCAUGGUUUCUAGCGCCACCUACGGGUGUAACGACGACUAUGUUGGCCUAGCGCUGCCUAUGGACAUCAACGACAUGUUCCACAUCAGAGAAUCGGCUUACUUUCAGCAGAGGGUCAGCCCGCCGUCGGAAGAGCGGAAACGCUUCCUCUUUGGCGAUGGAGACGGUGAUCGCCCUGCUCUACCAUCACUGAAGCAACAGUUUAGUAUCACUGAGCUGAUUGUGUGCCGAGGUGAUACCCAGAACCACACGGUGGGUUCAGAGGAGACGGGGCUGCAGGAACACACUGAAGAAAACUGCCUCUACUGUGUAGGAGCCAGCGUACUCGGAUACCCCACACAGCCACAGAUCAACAGCACACACCCUCGGACGGACUUUGUUGACUUCCCAUCAUGGGGAGGGCAGAGCGGCCAUCGUCUGGAGGUGAUGCCUCAGUCCAAGUUCUCCGGGGUGUCGGGCUGCAGCGACGCUGCUGUGUCACAGGGCUCAAUCUGUAGCACGCCCACGCCUAAUGAUAUUGUUAUAGGCAGCAAGGCAAUAUCAGAAGACGGCCCCGCCUCCCGGGUCUUGCUGAGGAAGGAGGUGCUCCGCCUCAUCAUCAACCUCAGCUCCUCUGUAGGAACCAAAGGCCACGAAACAGGACUACUGACCAUAAAGGAGAAGUUUCCCAACGCGUUUGACGACAUCUGCUUGUACUCCGAGGUUUCCCACCUCUUAGCCCACUGUAUGUUUCGCCUGACGUCAAGACGUUUCAUACAGGAACUCUUCCAGGACGUGCAAUUCAUGCCUAUGUAUGAGGAAGCAGAGGCAAUCCUGACGAAGCUACCAAAACCUGUUGAAGAAGAUGGUGACCCUCCUGCAGAAUCCUGAUCAUCCUCUCCCUUGUGUUCCCUGCACAGCCUCGGACCUGCCACCCUACAUACAUGGAAGAAAAAAAAUGACCGAUUAGUAUAUAAGUUAUAAGGUUGGGGAGGCGUCUGGCAUGUUUCUGUUGCUCAAAACAGAGAACCAUAGCCGAGGAAGAGGAGGAGGUGGUCAUUGCUCGCCUUUGUUGGAAACGGAGGAUGUCGAUAUCUGUAAACAAAAUUUAACCCGACACGCCUAAUGCUGUUUAAGACUUUUUUUUAACAGGAAAAAGGGGGAGCAGUUUAACCAAAUACUGUUUUCAGAUUGGUUGGCAAUCUUGAGCAACACUCAAUAAUACAUCCACAUAAUGCUAAAGGACAAGCGGGAUCAUUAACACAAAGACUCACGUGUUUAAAAGAAGUAAAAAAAACAAAAAAAAAAAACAAAUUCUAUCAACAUUUGAUCUCUUUCCAGAGGUGGUGUGUGUGUUUUUCUGUAAUGAAUAAGGCAUGUUGUUGUGUCUACCCAGUGAUUCCUCGGACCCCCGCGUUCUUUUUUCCUUAUGAAACAACACACUACAGAAGGGGUCCUGCUGUUUUUAAAACUUAUCCGGAGCCUCCCUGGUUCAUAUCCCACCCCGACUUGUGAUCUGUUCUAGCCAGAUAUGUGCUUUUGCUUCUCUUGCCUAAACACUUCCUACAACCUGUAGCCUCUCGUCCGCACAGACAGCCAAUUACUUUUCUAUUUCUUAUAUCUCAGACAAUCAAACAUCACUAGUAUUGUAUUUUCUAAAGCACUAUAUAUGCCACCCCAACACAGUACAUGAGGAGAAUAGCAUGUAAUUCCAAGCUAGUUUAUGCCAUCCUUUACUUGCUGAGGACCUUUAAUGUUUUUCUUCAGCCAUUGCAUUACUGGUAAGCUUCUCAGAAGGUGGGUUGAUCUUUUGGAAAGAUGCUCAGUUGUACAAGUUGUCUGUAGAAUGAUUCAUUACAGAUUUAGUACCAAAACCUGCAUAAGCCCAGCAGCUACCCCAACUCUGUCCCUUCUUACCUCUGUGCUUCACUUCCACUGCAUGUGCAACAAGCAUGGCAAAGUUGUAAUGUCACCUUAACAUGUUUCUUGCUUGUAAAACUUAAAAAGAUAAAUAAGUAGGUUGCCAUUAAAUGAUGCCAUUACAUUGUAGGAAUAUAAUUCCCCCUGAAUCUGUUUCCACAAUGCAAUAUCACUGUCUGUCAUUGGCUGAGAUGGAGAGAGGGGGGGGGUCGUGAUGAUGACUAAAGGAUUUGUAAAAGGUUUCCAGGGAAGCGGGGGGAUCUCUGUUUCCAUUGGCUUGUUUUUGCUAUAAUGCUGCUACACAAAUGGACUCCUAGAGAGAUGAUUCAUAGAUCAGCUGAGUAAUGUCAGAUCCGAUCUAUUUAUUAUAUGUCUGUACCAUAGAGUGAGCUCAACCAGAGAAGAAAAAAAGUUAUUUAUAUUUUUUCCUCAAGACUGUAUUAUAAUUUAAACUUUGUUUUUAUUCUUUUUUUUUUUUUUUUGCCUGAAUUGUGGUUUCCCUUGUAUAAUGUGUACGGUAUGUUUCUGGGGGGCAUUGAUGACCUAAAGAAACAUACAAUCAUAUCAAAGGGAUGCAUUGUUAAUAAAACAAAAUUUGAAAUACCCAAAA